AUGCUGAAGUUUGCCUGUUUUCUUGCCCUGGUGGCUUUGGCCAUUGCCGCACCACAGACGAAACCAGGUUUCCAGCCUGCCCCAGCGGGACAGUUCGCUGGAGUACAGCCACAGUUCGCUCCAUUCCCGGUGCGUCGUGCACGGGCGGUGGAUGCGAUCGAAGCAAAGAAGGUAGCGGAUGAAACGGACGCUUCUGCUGUCGAGGCUGUCUCGACCGAUGGUGAAGCGAAGGACGAUAUGGACAAGUCGGAAACGUUCGGAUUCGGAUACCAUCACUACUAUCCUUCCUACAGCUACGGUGGAUACGGAGGAUACGGUGGCUACGGGUAUGGCGGUUAUGGUGGAUAUGGAGGGUACGGAUACAGCGCAUACCCCAGCUAUGGUGGAUACGGAUAUGGAGGAUAUGGUGGAUAUGGUGGAUAUGGCGGAUACCCGUACAGUUACGGUUAUGGAUAUUACUAG